GCUGUUCAGGAACAUAAUGAGCUUACAUUGCAUUACAUUACAGGUGUUUAGCAGAGGUUCUUAUCCAGAGUGAUGUACAACAUACCCAGAGCACCCUGGGGAUCAGUUAGGGGUUCGGUGCCUUGCUCAAGGGCACUUCAGCCAUCCCUGCUGGUCCAGGAAAUCGAACCAGCAAUCUUUUGGUUAACUUUAACUUGAGGGGGCGCAGUGAGCUGCUGCUGUUGCUGUACACUGUGUCCUUCAGAGGGGCAGGAACAUCAACACGCAACCAAAUGGUGUGAACUGGAAGCUUUUAAAAGCUGGACCUACAGGAAGAUCUGAAACCCUGAGAAAGCUCCAUGUGAGAGCGGAUUAAUGCCAUGACCAUCAUCACCAUAACAGGGUGGCUGUGAAAAGGUGGACAGGAUGGUUGAGGGUCCUGCAGGUGCUCCAUCUCCCUCCAUCACUCCAGUGCAGCAGAUGGUGGCGUCCAGUGCUGGAGCGUUACUGACCACCCUCUUCGUAACGCCUUUAGAUGUGGUGAAGAUCAGACUGCAGUCCCAACAGGCUCCGGUUUACAAAGCAUUACCAGCAUGGAAGAGAACAUCUCUCCUCUGGAAGUGGAAGUGUUUCCUCUACUGUCAUGGACUGACGGGCCACAUCUAUGUCUGCCAGAACACGACGGCCUGCAGCACGUGGUACAAAACACCUACUCACUUCAGUGGGACACUGGACGCAUUUGUGAAAAUCACUCGCUCUGAGGGUCUGCGCUCUCUGUGGAGUGGCCUUCCUCCUACACUUCUGAUGGCGGUUCCUACUACAGUCAUCUACUUCACCUGCUAUGACCAGCUCAAGGACUUAAUGUGUUACGGCCUCGGUUACCACAGCAACUACAUAUCUAUCAUCGCUGGGAGUCUGGCGAGACUGGGUGCAGUCACAGUGAUCACCCCGUUGGAGUUGGUGCGCACUAAGAUGCAGUCACGGCGUGUGUCCUACAGUGAGUUGCGAGUGUGUAUCAGAUCAGCCAUGGCUCAUAAUGGUGUGCUCUCGCUGUGGAGGGGGUGGGGACCCACUGUGCUUAGAGAUGUUCCCUUCUCUGCCAUGUACUGGUUCAACUAUGAGCUGAUAAAAGCAGAGCUGUGUGAGCGAUACAGAACACCUCAGGCUUCUUUCACCAUCAGCUUUGCUUCAGGAGCCAUUUCUGGAGCUAUCGCUGCGAUCACGACGCUGCCGUUUGACGUGGUGAAAACACGCAGGCAGAUCGAGCUGGGAGAAAUGGAGAUUCUUGGAGCUCCUUCAAAGAAGCCUUCUUCCACAUGGCUCAUAAUGAAGAGCAUCUGGACUGAAACCGGCUACCGAGGCCUGUUUGCAGGUUUCCUGCCACGAGUCAUCAAAGUGGCUCCAGCGUGCGCCAUCAUGAUCAGCACAUAUGAGUUCGGGAAAGCUUUCUUCCGCAAGCACAAUGAGGAGCAGCGAGGUGGCUGAGACGUGUGGACCAUCACUGUGGAGCUGCAUGAUCAUUUUCACCCGAACUGACCUGCCUUUCGCUCGGCCUUGGCAUGCAUCCUGUUAUCGCUACAGGUUCUGAGCAGGGUUCAGUUCAAUUCAGUAACGCUGUGCACGCGUUAUUUAUUAAUUUCCCUGAGCUGGGAUGGGAUGGGAUGCGUUGCAGUAAGACUGCAGCACAUCACAACUGCACCAAAGCAUGCUGGGAAAACUGCUUUCCCCACAUUUAUCUGUAUGUAUGGGUGCUUUGAGGGAAUAUUAGACAGCAGAAGACCUAAUCUGGGCUGUGAAAUGUUUCCUGGUUCCAUAUGGUCUUCAUAUAUGUCAUGUGUGUCCCAUCAAGUCUGAAACAGCAUGUGAUACGAGUAGUGUUCAUACACUGCCCUCUAGUGUUCAUACCCUGUAACUACACCAGAGAUUAAUCAGCAUUGCACCAGGUUUAUGGAAAAAUGUGAAUGAAGAAUAAUUGAAAUGUGGUUGUGUGCUCAGUGUGCCCUCAUCUAUUCCCCUUAAUGAUUUAGUAGUGCACAGCUGGAUCAUUUAAGAAUGUUACAUCUGAUUUGAGAAAAGCACACUUGUCUCUAAUUUGUCCUAAUCAGCCUCCAUCCACUCAGCUUUGUCUGAUCGCACUGACUUCUGGGUGAUUUCCGUCCUAGAUGUCUACACUAAGGUCGUCUUGUCCUUCAUCCUGUGUCCUUGUGCAUGUCUGAGUUUGAAGGCACUCCUUUCCCAACCUGGAAAUGAGUGAGUUCAGAAACUUCUUUGGGCAACAAAUUUAGGUCUUUCAAAACAUAAAUCCAAGAUAGUACUGUUCUAACCCUGUUGUUCUGAGAAGUCUUUUUUUUCUGAGCACUGAAACAUUGCUAGAAAAAAAGUGUUAAAAAAAGAAAGAAAGCAGAUCAUAGAAAGUCUUUUUAAAGAGCUAGUAAAUUGAUCUGGAUCUGUCUGAAACUGUGGCUUUACUUGAGCUGAUGAUGACGAUGCGGUCAAAGUGCCCUUAAAUGAGCAAGAAAUUGAACAAAAAAUUAAAACACAGGGUUGUUUUAGCUUAUUCACACAAUGGAUUUUCUGAUUAUUUUUAUGCAUCCUAGCAGCAGAUGAAACAAUUAACCCUUUAUUGAAAUGUAUGAUAAAAGCAAAUAACAUUUUCCUUUCCAAGGAAAUAAAAACAAGACAAAAUAUCAACCGGCCAUCAUUGCACUCUUGAUUAAAUCUGACUAAAAAGCCGGUCUGUUUCUGCGAACAUUAAAACUUGGUGGCUUUGAAGGAAGAUGCAGUUGUACUAUGAACUGCUUUGAAACACUAGCAGCCUUUUCAAAUACAGUGAUGUUAUUUUGUGUUUUGUUAAAUGUUUUAUCCUCUUGGGAGAAAAAAAAAUGCUUUAUUGUAUUGUCUGUUAUUAGGUAAUUAUAAUAUAAUACUAGCUAGCUGGAACUAGCAUAAGUUAUCUGAUGACACUAACUAAAAUCACUGAAAUGUAUUUUACUUAAGUGUAUGCAGAAAAAUAAAUACGCUCACAGGGUUAAUAUUAUUAAAUAAACAUGUGAAGAGUGUGUCCUAGCCACAUGAUUAUUUCAUCCACUUUUAUUUAAGCUGUGUAUAUCUGAGAAGGAGAAAGACUUUAUCCCAUAAUGUGCAUUUAGAAAGCAAAUAAAGCAAGUCUGAGCCUCAACUUAAGCAUUCUGCUGUCUUCCGUAAAUACAAUGACAGGUGUGUUUUUUUUUAAACCUUAAUGUCUUUGAAGAUAACUUCAAAAUUAGUACAUAAUUAAGAUUUCAAUUUAUUUGUGUGAUAUUUGUUUCCACCAUAACAUUCAAUACUUCAUGAAGCCCUAGGGCUUGCUUUUUUUCCUCAGAGCAACACAAGUGAAGGUGCUUUUAAUUUUGGACAUUUAGAAUAAAGUACUCAUGAUAUAAUGAGCACUAAUGAAUGCUGCCUUUUAACAGGAGUACAAAUGCAAAAAAAAAAAAAAGCUGCUUAUCCAAAAAGCAAUCAGGACCUGAACUGUCCAUGAUAAAAAUAUUGUCCACUGAAUAUCAUGAUGUAUUGUGCAAUCAAGUAUUAAUACAGUCCUUCAGCUUUUCA